AUUGCCAGUUAUCAGACACUUCUCUCUUCAUCUUUCUUCCUCUUCACCAAAUAUCUCAAGCUUUUAACUACCAUAAGUAACAGAAACGAAAGCAUAGUACCCGUUUCUCUGCUUACAAUCUGUUGGUAUGUGGGUGUAACAGAGCUCAUUGGCAACAAGCAAAAGUAAAGGGUUGUGAGAAGGGAGGAUGUCUUGUCUGUUGCCGCAGUUCCACCCGGACACCUUCUCUAUCCAAUUCAGAACUCAUCAUCAUCACCAUUCCGCCGCCCACACUAACCUCUCAAAAUAUAGAGAACAUCUCUGCUUCAGGACACGAAGUAUUUUAUCUACUGCAUCGUCAUCAAGGUCAUCAACUGCAGUUAUUGAUGUUGAGAAGCUAAGAUUACCAUCUUUAGAGGCACAUUCAAAUUCAGUCACUGCUGAUAGACCAUGGACAUAUAUAGGGGGAACUGGUCCUCCCACGGAGGCAAGCUUAGCAACCUUAGCCACUGAAAAGCUUCUAACAAGUGAUGAGGCUGUAAUUGCUGCAGCUUCAGCUGAAGCAGUUGCUCUUGCAAGAGCUGCCGCUAAGGUCGCAAAGGAUGCUGCCAUGAUGGUUAAUAACUGUAGCUCUGCAAAAACAGAAAUUAAACCUGCAAUCUCAUCUAGUGCUGAUACUUUCCCAUCCAAGUGGUCUCUAUUUACAGAAGCAGAACGGGCUGGUAUAGUUGGAGAUUCACCUACCACUGAAAAUGUGGUGGAAGGAGACAAUUCUGUGGAGGAUCCUUCAAAAGAAUCUGAUUAUCAGGACCCCACAAAUGAAGAACUUAAGCUUCUUGAAGAGCAGCUUUCCAGGAGUAUAGCUGUAAGGUCAAGACGCCAAGCUGAAAGAAAAGCCAGAAGAGCAAGAGCAGCAGAAAAGGCAUCUGCCAAUAUUGUCUCUGUAAAGUCUGGUCCAUCCAGCAGGAGAAAGCGUUCUUCUUUACAAGAAGUAGACUACUCUGAUCCAUUGCGUUUCUUGAGAGGAACUACCAGCACAUCCAGGCUUCUUACUGCUACUGAAGAACUGGAAUUGUCAGAAGGAAUACAGGACCUUCUGAAACUGGAAAAUCUCCAUGAGGAGCUUGCAGAGGGAUGUGGUAGUGAGCCAACCUUUGCACAAUGGGCUGCUGCUGCUGGAGUUGACCAGAAAACCUUAAGGAAACGAUUGAACCAUGGUGUUCUUUGCAAAGACAAAAUGAUUAAGAGCAACAUAAGACUUGUUAUUUCAAUUGCAAAAAAUUAUCUGGGAGCUGGGAUGAAUCUUCAGGAUCUGGUUCAGGAAGGAUGUCGAGGACUUGUAAGAGGUGCUGAGAAGUUUGAUGCUUCUAAGGGCUUCAAGUUCUCAACCUAUGCCCACUGGUGGAUUAAACAAGCAGUUCGAAAGUCUCUUUCUGAUCAAUCAAGGACAAUUCGCUUGCCAUUUCACAUGGUGGAGGCAACAUAUAGAGUGAAGGAGGCUAGAAAGCAAUUAUAUAGUGAAAAUGGAAGACAGCCAGAUAACGAAGAAGUAGCAGAAGCGACAGGUCUCUCAAUGAAAAGGCUAACUGCUGUUCUACUUACUCCUAAAGCUCCAAGAUCGCUUGAUCAGAAGAUUGGAAUCAACCAAAAUCUGAAACCCUCGGAAAUAAUAGCAGAUCCUGAUGCAGAAACUUUAGAAGAUAUCCUGCUCAAGCAGUUCAUGAAACAGGACCUGGAGAAGGUUUUGGACGGUCUAAGUUUAAGGGAGAAGCAGGUUAUCAGAUCGAGGUUUGGAAUGGAGGAUGGAAGGAUAAAAACUUUGCAAGAAAUAGGAGAGUUGAUGGGAGUGAGCAGGGAAAGGAUCAGACAGAUUGAAUCAUCUGCAUUCCGUAAGUUAAAGAACAAAAAGAGAACGAAACAUCUGCAGCAAUAUUUGUUAUCACAAGCCUGAUCAAUCCAGGAUUUAGAUUGCCGGAAAACCUACUAGCAUGGUGGAGGCUCAAAACAUCUAUCUGGCAAUGUUAUUCUUUUUGUCAUCAGCCAGCACUAAAACUGCUAUAUCCUUCUGUUUCAGGAGUAUCCUACAAAUGGUCGUUUAUAGAAACAAUUUUUCUAAAGCAUUUUCCCAUUUUUCAGAUGUACCAAAGCAAGGACAAUAUUCAAAACAAUAACAAAAGAAUUUUCUUUCU